AGCGCGCCUAUAGAAAAGCAGCGCUACAACGCUGCUUUAUAUAAUUUAUUUCGCUUAUACUUUAAUCUGCUACACAGUACUAUUAAGCAGCAUUUAAUACAGCUAGAGAACACGUACAAUAUAGAUAAGAAGGGAUUUAUAAUUAGAGUAAUAAGUAAGGGCGUUAGAAUCUUUAAUAAGUAG